ACCAGCGGAACUGUGAACGCGACGUGGGCAUUCAGUGGAGCUGUUCGGCUUUCAGUGAGCGGCUCCGUUUGUCAGGUACACCAUGGUGCUGUUAGAAAACGACGCGUUUCUCACUGAACUCACACGCCUCUUCCAGAAGUGCAGGACCAGCGGCAGUGUGGUGAUCACCUUAAAGAAAUACGACGGGAGGACAAAGCCAGUGCCGAGGAAAGGCCAUCCAGAGACAUUUGACCCAGCUGACAAUAAAUGUCUCAUCAGGGCAUCAGAUGGCAAGAAGAAAAUUAGCACAGUGGUCAGCACUAAAGAAGUAAUAAAAUUUCAGAUGGCGUACUCCAAUUUAUUGAGAGCACACAUGGAUGGCUUGAAGAAGAAAGACAAGAAGAGUAAAAGCAAGAAGACUAAAGCUACACAGUGAUUUAAAAAAAAAAUAUCAAGGAGAGAGAGAGAGGAGCUGUUUAUUCAGAAAGACCACCUUCAGUGACCUCCAGUACUCACCUGUGUCCUGACCUCAACAACCUUUCCUUCACGCUGUUGCUGUGUGGCACUCUACAGCCACCGGAGGAGUGGAGGUCGUUUUCUCUGCCCGAAUAUUAUCUUGACAUCUUCCUUGUUCGAAACUGUUCGGUUGGUCGAGAUUUUUGCUACAAUCAUCGGGUAUAAUUUGGUGGUGCCAUAUUUUUUUUUUUUUUUUUUUUCUUCUCAAUUUUUAAAUGCAUCGUAAAAGAUUGCCCAGUCUCUGCUCCUUAUGAUGGAAGUUCACCAUGAUUGUCCAGGAUUUACAUCCAUUAGUGUACAGAUUUGUUUUUGACUUCAGAGGAGUAUAUACAUUUUUUUAAUUCUGAAAGAUACUUCUAUGUUUAUUACUUGAGUCCACCAUAGUUAUUUUGUCCCAAUCAAUGUUCGUGCCUUUAUGACACACUUUUUUUUUUUUCCCCCAUCUCCCCCCUCCCUUCCAUGCAUUUUGGCACAAAACCAUGCAGCACAGUGGAUUUCUAGGUUUAGAGUUAUUGUUUCACUUGUUGGCCCAAACAGUGCAAUGAGCAAGUAUCACAAUGUUUAGAUGAGCGGUUAACUUAUUCUGAGUUCGAAAUAAACAGUGUCCCAGUCCAGCACUGGCUGAGGCUUUUUCUGUGUAAUACUUGUCAGGCUAAUUUACCCUUCAGUAGGGCCUGUUUUUGUUUAACUUGUUUUGCUGUUAUCACUGCCCAGAACAGAAGUUUUUCUUAUUUGAUAUUCAAAGAAAUAUUAAGCAAUGUAAAAUCAGUAAAUUACACCACUAUAUACACAACUAAGGAACAUAAAACAAGAAAACUAAAGCUGAAGUUUUAAAGCGCUGUGUUUCGCUUGUCGGGCCGCUCUCUGCUCGAGCCGACUGUGUUGUUUCGCUUGGCUUCCUCUUCCUCUUCGUUGUAACCCUGUCGCAUCAGCCAAGUCACGUACUGGAACAGAGUCUGGAAAGCAGAUACAAGAAAAUGACCUCUGUACCUGGUGCAUAUUCUUCAGUUCAGUGGUAAUAAUCACUUCUAUUUUUUACAUGAUGUUCAAAAUUACUGAAGCUGUAGACAGAUGAACAGUGAAGUCCAGAACUCUCUGGACAUUGACAGAUUAUUUAAGCUGCCUAACACAGUUCACCUGGUUUGCAUGUACAGUGCUGUGAAAAAGUAUUUGCCCCUUAUUUUGUUUGUGUAUACCUCCAUAGUAAAUUGUUUCCGAAAUUAAAACAAAAUCUAAGGUAAAACAAAGGUAACCUGAGGAAGUCCUAGAAGAAAAUUAAAGACUGAUCUCCAGUUAUCAGGAGUGUUUGGUUGCAGUUUUUGAUGCUAAAGUCGGCACAAGCAGAAUUUAAGUUUAAGGGGGCAAUUAGUUUUUCACAUGGGUGAUGGGUAUUUGACAACUUUUUUUUUUUUUUUUUUUUUUUUGCUUCAUUAAAAAAAAAAAUUUGUGUAUUGUGUUUACUCAGGUUGCCUUUUUGUUAUGUUGUAUUUAUUUUGAAGAUCUAAAACUAUUCAGCAUGAGAGAUACACAAGAAGUCAGGAGCACUCUUUCACAGCACUGCAACUACCCUCCAAUUAAAACUGAAAGUCUGCA